GUAUCCCUCUUUGAGGAGUGGUAAGGUCCACGCUCCCAAACCGGAUGUUGUUCGCUCAAAAAAUGCCAACAUGGCGGGGCGUUGUGCAAAAUAUGUCGAGCUCACGUCACUCUCGCCGUAACUCAAGAAUUUCAAGCAACACUGGACCGCUAUCUGCACGAGAAAGAGUGGAGGGGACCAAAGAAAGGAUAGUUCUCACUGAAAGGCUGAUUUUGUCUUCUGUAGACCAAUGGAUCGCGCCGCCCGACGAGAACUCAUUGAAACCAUCGAACAACAGAAGGACCGGAUCGCUCGGCUAGAAAACAGACUCAGAGAUGUUGUCACUGCAUACAAGGGUCUUGCAAAAGAGAAGGAGGCUCUCGAGGCCAGCAUCAAGGUCCUGACGCUCCGGUCUGAGCCUCUCAGGACACACCAUGUGGAGAAGGUGUCUUCUGGAACUGACGACUCCUCAGAGACAGCGUCGGAGGCGAGCGGGGAUGCACAGGCGACCAACACGGGAGACAGCGGGGCAGAGUCGUUUGUCGACCCCCUCAAUGCCACAGGACAGGCUGGAUCCACGUCUGUGAACCAGGAUGAGAUUCUCCACCUGAAGGAACAGCUGGCCACCCUGACCAACGCCCUGGCAACCGUUACCGACCAGAAGUCUCAGAUGGAGGCCAGCUUCCAGGCUGACAAGAAACUCAUCAGGCAAGAAAAUGAAAACAGCAAGAAGCUGGCAGAAGAGACACAGCAGAGGCUGGAGGAACAGCUGGCAGAGGCUGAGGAACAGCUCAGUCAGGCUAAGUCCCGUAUCCGCAGCCAGCAGCAGGAGAGAGAGAAGGAGCAGACUGACCACGCCAUGAUGCUGAGGGAGCUGCAGAAGGUGCUGUCUGAUGAACGGGCUUCCAAGGAACAGCUGGAACAGGAGCUUUUUGAGAUGAAGCUUAAAUUGGAAGAAAAGAAGGCCACACCUGACCUUUCUGUAGAGUAUGAGCAGAAGAUGCAGGACCUGUCUGCAGAGAUGGAGGGUCUGCAGGCACGGCUGCAGGCUGCUGAGGACGACGCAGCCAAGCCUGCACCACUGCUGCUGCAGCUGCAGGAGGAGAUGGCUGAGAUGCGGGUCCACCACAGACUACAGAUCCAGCAGGAGCAGACCAGAGCUAACGAGGCUGAGGCCAGACUGAGGCAGCUGGAGGCCGAGCGGGAGGCCAGGGUCGCUAACCUGGAGGCCAAGCUGGCCGAGCUGUCUGUCGUGGUCGGGAACUACGACAAGAUCAGACAACAGGACCAGGAAGCUAUGGAAAAACUGAAGGAAAGGAUUGCACAGCUAGACAUGGAGAACACUGCCCUGGCCAGAGUAGCGAACAACAAAGUCCAGAGUGACGACCCAGACGACUCCAAUCAAGAUGUUCAUGCUCUCAAGGAGAAGAUCCUGAAGCUGAUUGGUCUGAUGAAGAUUGCCAACGAGAGAUCUGACCAACCACUGCCUCCAGAAGACUUGUACACAUUCAUGAACCCAGGUGGGGACGACUCUGACCCAGGAUCCCCUGUGUCUCAUGACAAGUGUCAGCAGGAGUACAGGCAGCUCAAGGAGGAGUUUGAGAGAUACAAGAUGAGGGCACAGUCUGUUCUCAAGAACAAAAAUGCAAAGGACAGCUCUGUCGGGAAGGAGAUAGAGACUCUGCGCAGUCAGCUGCAGGAGUUGCGGGAGAAGCACAUCGCUCUCAGGCAGUACUGUGAUGAGCAGGAACUCAAGGAUAAACAGAAGGUAGAAGACUUGGAGGCCAGGAUAGCUAGAAUAAAGAAUGAACAUAAAAAGGAGCUUGAUAAAGCAGAGGAGGAAUAUAGGCAAAGGGCAGCAAAGUUGGAGACAGAAAUGCACAAGCAGCGGGACCGAACCAUUGAGCUCCUGGCUGAGAAAGAGAAAGAGCUCCAGUCCCUCCAGCUGAGGUCCCACAGCCCUGUCACACCUUACAUGUUCAGUAACCAAAGUGAAGGCAGUGCCCACAGUGCCUCCCCUCGAGACGGCAGGUCAGAAGCAGGGGUUGAUGACGAUGAUGACAUCAGGUCCGAACACUCCGACACUGUGUCUGAACUACUGGUCAGGCCGCACUUCACGCCACUCAUGACACACUCACGGUUAACAAGAAAGCCCAGUCCAGGGGAGGGGACGAUUGUGCACUACGCGGAGCAGCUGGCCCGUAACGAGGUGGAGCUGUCCGCCGUGCGGAAACAGAAGCACCACCUGGAGGCCAGCAUCCACCAGCUGCAGGAGGAGAUAGCCACCAAGGAGGAGAAAUACCAAGACCAGAUACAAGCCCUUAAGAGAGAGGUGGACAGACUAGAAAGGAACAGGUUUCGAGAGAGUGCCAACCUGGAGUACCUGAAGAACGUUGUUCUACGUUACAUGACGACCAGCGACUAUGCUGCCAAGGACCAGAUGUUUAAAGCCAUUGCCACCAUCCUGCAGUUCACAUCUCAGGAGAGGACCAAAGUGACGAAAUUCAACUCCAGUUGGUGGUACGGAUCUCCACGAAAAUAGCUUUAGUGUAAAAGUCAGGGGAUACAUUUUGUAGGUGAGGUGAGCCCACAGCUUACACACCCUGUGGCAGCACGGCAUGGCUUGGUGAUGGACAUACAGCAUUUCCCUUGCUGUAGUACACAACUGGCAUUGACUCUGGUGGGAAGGAUAAUCAUGUGAUAAGGUGCUAAAAAGUAGCUAGUGUGUUGCUCAUGUCUACACAGGGGGUUGCUAAUUGGUGAGCAGGAGUAAGAUAGCAUCAUGGUCUCCACACUGUCAAUUGAGGGCAUAACGUUAUAACAUACACGUAAGUGCAAGAGGCAACCUUUCUGUGCUAAAAUACAGUGUGUGUGGUACUGUAGUUCUCUUGUGCCAUAUUGCCUUUCCCCAUAUCAUGGAUCCUGUGCAAGUGAACAAUCAAGUCUAGAGUAAAAGGAAUGCCUUUCUCAAACAUCUUGAAGUUCUAUAUCCUGUUGACUAUUUCUGUGUCAAACCUUUUGCAGACUGCACAGAAUGGUGGCAGCCUGUUAACAUGUCUGUCACAUCAUCAUAACUGUGAUAAUCACAAUGCAAGACUCUAGAUCCCCAAAGUGGACAUCACUACAAACCUUGUGCCAUAAUGAUAUCUGUAGCCAACAUAUGCAGGUGCUCUGCUUCACUGAACUUAAGAAGCUCUGACAAAACUUGUCAUAGAGAGUCUACCAUUUGCUUUCCUAUGGUUACUUAAGAACUGUUACUCUUAUGAUACCUUGUUGUGUGCACCAAAUAAUCACCUCCAUUCCUUAUACCACAUUGGUCCCUGACCUUUUAUGGACAUGCAGUUGUCCAUCCUGUUGAGAAAUGGCAUUUUGUUAGCCUAAGUACACUGAAGUUAAAUGAUAUCAUGGUAACGAUGAAGUGUGGUUAACUCUAACACAGAAUUAUGUUAAAGGGAUUUCUGUACACUGGAAGCCCCAACCACAUCAGGUGGCAAGUGCAUCAUAGCCAAAACAUGACUUCUUGAUGAGCAAUUGUGGGAUAGCUAUAGAUAUUUCUACUAAUUUAUAUUUUUGGUGAAAUGUAAAAUUAUAUAUAAAAACGUAUGGUUACUGUAUAGUGAGAGCGGCACUUGUUUGGGCCCUAUUUGUGCUAAGAAUGUUGGCAUUUAGGAGAAAUAAGCUACUGCUAUACAGUACAUGUAAGUGGAAAAGGGAUUACUUAGAUAGUGUGUGAGGAGGGAAAUGUAUUUAUUGACAAAUAGGACUUUCUAUGAGAUUUGACUGGUGCAGAUAUAAAAUAUAUUUUCCUGGGAAACUGCCAUGUUGACUUCAUACGGCAAAGGCUUUUGUUUCAU